UUUUAUGAGCUCAUCUUUUGAAUCUAGUUUAGAAUUUGAUUUACCCUUUAUGUUAUUCAACCUAAACCUUAGUCCUAUUAGGGAAGUUAGGUUUAGGAGUGAGAGUGAAAUAGAACAGGAGCUUGAGCUUGAGCUUGAGCUUGCUGAAGAUCCUGACUACAUCCCACCACCUACCUCGUGCAGUGAGAGUUACAAAACAGAAGAUAUGUCUUCAGAAGAGACUUUGAGUGUUAGGGAAGUGAAGGGGUUAAGCACAUCAACCCGAGAUCCCAUAGUUCAGAGACCAAGCACUGAGAGGCCAAGAGUUGAGCCUAUGAAGAGAAGAACUGAGGACGAUGUUGUCGCUCAAAAGAAAAUAAGCAUAGAAGAGCAGCGACAAGAGAGGAGGGAAGAGGUGUUGGAGUUUGUGCCUCGCCCUUUAUUGGUUGAGAUCAACCUAGCACUUUGGGAGAUUAAGAUGGUGACCCAUGAAAGGGGAAAAAGCUGUGUUCCCCUUCCAACUCAAUAGUCUAACUUUUUUGAGUUCAACAAUAAGACUGCUGCGGAGAGACUCAUUAACUCUAUGUUCCCUGAACUAGAUCAAUAAAGGGCAAGGGACGAG